AUGGACCACUGUGAUCGGCAAAUUCACAUUCGAGAACACGUUCUGUUCAAUAGAACAGUUAUCGGUGCACAAUUUAGCCAGUUAUCGCACGAAUGGAAGGUCAGUCUUGACAAUCUGUCAACAUUGAGCGCCAAGUACCUUGUUUCCGCUAUCGGGGUGACAUCCCAAAGGCCCACUCUUAUGGACAAGGACCUGAAGCUACUCAAUGGCGAAGUCUAUUUUCCUUCCAAUUGGCCACACCGAGAAAUUUCCCCUGAAGGCAAGGAUAUCGCGAUCAUCGGCACUGGAUCCACGGCUGUCCAAAUCGUUCAAGACUGGGGUCCGCGAGCGAAGUCAUUAGUUGUUUAUCAGCGUUGUUACAACACUGCUUUACCGAUCCCGGUAGUUCCAUUCGAUGAAAUCGAAGGUCAAGACUCGAUAGAGAAGCAGGAAAAAGCGAUCGCAUUUCGAAUGAAAACCCCUUCCGGUCUAGCGAUUUGGGAACCACAAAAAAUCUCAACUUUUGAUGUUUCAGAGGAAGAGCGUGAAAAGAAACUCAAUCAGCUUUUUGACAGAGGACUGAGCUUUUGGGUAUCCGGCUACAAUGACCUUACAACCAAUAAAGCCGCAAAUCGGGUUGCUUAUGAUUUCUGGGCAAGGAAAACAAGAGCGAAGAUCCAUGACCGGAGAAAGCGUGAUGCACUUGCACCCUUAGAGCCCACUUAUCUCUUUGGAAUCAAGAGACCAGGAUUGGAUAAUGGAUACUUUGAGCAGUUCAACCGCCCUAACGUUGACGUUGUCAAUCUGCGCGAUACUCCCAUCGCAUCCUUUGUCCAUGAUGGAAUUGUCACAACGGAGGGCAAAUUUCGUCAUCAUGAUAUGGUAAUCCCUGCCAUUGGAUUCAAAAAUGUCAUUGAGAACAUGAAGUCAUUGGGAAUCAAAGGGCUGGACGGCGUUUCCCUCGGGGAAGGCUGGGCCGAUGGAGUUCGAACCUAUCUUGGGUUAAUGCUCUAUGGAUUUCCCAAUUUUUUUGUGUUAUGCGGACCGCAAGCUCCUAGUGAACAAAGCAAUUUGCCUACGUGCAUUGACGUACAAGUCAAUUGGAUUGCCAAGAUGAUUGAUCGGAUUGAGAAGGAUGGCCUGGUAGGCAUCCACCCUUCACCCGAGGCAAUGCAAACAUGGAAUAGAAAAGUUUACGCGGCAUUCAAAAGCGAUUUUUAUGGAAAAGUUUCUUGUCGUUACGCAUUACUGGGAAAUCCUAUUUACUACAGUGGGGGCAUUCCUAAUUACUUGAGGGAAAUCAGUCAAGGAGACUCAACUUGGGCUAACUUUGAGGUAAUAAGAGACGAAAGCAUCAAAACGCUUUCCAAUGCUGAAGAAAAGAGAUCAAGAGGUGAAAGUUAA